AUGUCGGCUGUCAUCCAUCCUCACACUGUGACCCACCCAGUGAAGCUCCUUCUUGAUGACGACACAGUCUAUACUCUAUUGGUGGAAUUGCUGAAGGGUCUUCAGGCGGUGGAGGUAGGGGGUCGAGGUCCGUACAGCAGGGUUGGCAUGACAACAGCUUUUGUGUGUGUGUGUGUCCGUCUCUCCAGGUGGAACAUUCUCCUGCUCCUGUCAGUAUGCUCAGCAGCACGCUCUGCAGAAGACUACGAAGCAGAAGGUGUAGAUAUCCUCUAUCAACUGGGACUUACAAUCCACAGCAAUGUAGAGAGUCCCUAUGCAAGGACCGACUCGCCUCUUAACCCUUCCAGCAGUGCAACCUCACCUUUAGGUCUUCCUGUUCCUGCAUACGGAGUUUUACUUGACUCUGACUCUUUCUAUGAAGCCCCAGCAAGCAGCUUGUUCCCGCCAGAGAUUGGAGAGGAUUUUUCUGUUGUGGUUAGUCUGAGCUCCUGGAGAGCAAACAACGCUUUUCUUUUUAGUGUCAAAGAUGGCAGGGACAGGCUGGCUUUUGGCAUUCAGCUGCUGCCACACAGAGUGGUGGUAUACAUUGCUGACAAGGCCUCCAUCUAUUUCACCUACACCUGGCAAGAUGGUCACCAGCAUGCAUUUGCUGUUGGAGUCCGACCACGCUCUGUGUCUUUCUUUGCAGCCUGCGGGGUGGUGCAGCUGCGAGAGCAGACCCUUGGUAGAUCUCAGACACUGGGGUCCUCUGGAGGACAAUUCACUCUGGGGAGAAUGAACUCCAAAUCUGCACCGUUCAGUGGUCGCGUCUGUCAGUUAGACAUCUAUCCCUCAGCUCAAGUUGCCGCGCACUAUUGCAACUACGUUAGAAAACAGUGCCGGCUGGCCGACACGUACCGAUCACCUUCACCACACCAAAGCUUGGAUACCGAGGCAAACAACCCUUUCAUAAAGCCCUCCUCUCGAGUUUCAUCGACACGUCAUAAUCCUACCAAAGCCACAGCAGCUGUGAAACAACCCUCAGGUGGUUUGGUGAGGCAGUAUUCAACCCUCAGCCCAUCAGUACCAUCUCAAUUGGGUGAUCGGAGUAAGAAUUAUUUUUUCAGUCCCCUUUCCCACUCCACUACAUCCACGAUUCACUCUCACAGUCCCACCUCUACUUCCCUGAAGGGGCUGUCAGUUCUGGAUAGCACUCAUAGAAAAGAAUUCACCCCUACCAAACAAACAUUGGCAGCAGGCCUAAUGCCUCAAGGAGAUACUGAUCAGUCUGAGAAUAGCACAGAGGAUGAUAGUAGUUCUGGGAGUCCUCAAACCUCUGGUACCACUCCAGGUCUGAUUACAUCAAUUAAGCUGAGUCAAAUCAAGGAAGGCCUCAGGAACAGCUCAGUCGUCAGCUCUGGAGAAUCCAAUAAGGGUCCGCAUGAGACUCAUCAGCUCAUGGAAACUCAUCUGAGAACUAAUGGGACCACGUUGUAUCGAGCAAAUCAGAUGGACAACUCAGAACAUCACAGUCUGGAUGGCAGCUAUGACGACGUCGACAUGGGAGGAUAUGAUUAUGGAUACGAGGAGCCAGAUUUCUUCUACGACUAUGACGAAGGUUUCCACGGUCCCAAAGGAGAGCCAGGUCCUCCGGGUCCUCCUGGUCCCCCUGGUUUACCUGGUCCUCCAGGAAAAAGAGGGUCUCGGGGUCCAUCCGGUCCACAUGGAAACCUAGGAGAACCUGGACCCCCUGGGGCUAAGGGUUUAAAGGGAGCUCCAGGGCUGUCUCCAGGCCAGGCUGCACCAGGAGAGAAGGGUGACAGAGGUCUACCAGGGCUGCCUGGUUCAGAUGGAUUCCCAGGUCUACCGGGUCCUAAAGGGUAUCCAGGGCCACCAGGACUACCAGGAGAACAAGGCAUACCAGGACCUCUGGGGGAAGAUGGGACUGCAGGUUACCCUGGCAGGCAGGGUUCAGCUGGGCCACAGGGUAACCCAGGUCCCAAAGGUAUCCGCGGUUUCAUUGGGCCUCCAGGUGGAGCUGGGCCUCCCGGACUAGAGGGCAAGAAAGGUAUUCCUGGUCCUAAAGGGAAAUCUGGCCCAAAAGGAAGACAGGGUGUGAUCGGUGACAUGGGUGAGAGGGGACCCCCCGGUCCUGAUGGCAGCCAGGGGCCUGUUGGUGGAACUGGAAUUGGUGGCUUUGCUGGUCUGAGGGGUGACCCAGGGCUUGAGGGACUGAGAGGAAUAACUGGUCUGAUGGGACCUCAGGGCCCAGGGGGACGAGCCGGCCUGCCUGGAUUGAAAGGUGAUAAGGGUGAAGUGGGACAAAGGGGUGAGUCAGGAGAGAUGGGCUACCCAGGCGAUAAGGGUGCUCCUGGACUACCUGGUCCUACUGGUCUAAGAGGGAAAGCAGGACCACAGGGUAAAAUUGGUGAUAUGGGACCUCGAGGACCAUUUGGGCCUCCAGGUCCAGAGGGGUUUCCUGGUGAUAUUGGAGUACCAGGGCCAAAUGGUCCACCUGGACUGAAGGGUUUGCAGGGUGUCAGAGGGCCCCAAGGCCCACCGGGGCCUCAAGGAGAACAGGGUGAUGAAGGACCACGUGGCCCACCUGGCAGCUUUGGCCCCACUGGAAAACCUGGACGGAAAGGAUACUUAGGGGAACUUGGCCCUGAUGGUUUAGAAGGAGAGAAGGGAGACACAGGAAAUGUUGGGAAAAAUGGACCACAGGGUGCAGCUGGCCUGAUGGGGACUGGUGGUGUGAUCGGGGUUCCUGGAGAAAAGGGUGAUCGAGGACCAGCAGGUCCAACGGGGCCACCUGGAGAGAAAGGGCCAAGGGGUUAUCCAGGGAUGCCAGGAAGUCCAGGAGACAUUGGCAUGCAAGGGCCACCUGGUCUACAGGGUCAGAGGGGCAGUCCGGGCAUCGCUGGGCCAAAGGGCAGGAUGGGGCCCCGUGGUCCUGAUGGCCCACUAGGAGAACCAGGUGUUGAGGGCAUCAAGGGUGAAAGAGGUGACAUCGGAAAGAAAGGAGAGUCUGGAUUUUUAGGCAAAGCUGGUGGUCCAGGAGAAAGGGGUCUUCCCGGGAAGCCUGGUAAGGCAGGUGUUCCAGGCAGCACCGGGGAUGGGGGCCCGCAAGGUGAACCGGGACCAAAAGGAGCUCCUGGAGAUGCAGGACCUGAUGGAGAACAAGGACCUGAAGGUGAACCUGGUGGAGAGGGCGAACCAGGUGCUAUUGGAGAACCCGGAUUAAAGGGUGAUGUUGGUCCUUCAGGAGCUGAAGGGGAGGAAGGACAGCAGGGAAUAAGAGGUCCUCCUGGUCUCCCUGGUGAAGAUGGCCCUCAAGGAAAAGAUGGAGGCAAGGGUGAGCCAGGUGAUCCUGGAGUAACAGGAGAACAAGGGGACAGAGGUUUAGAAGGAGACUCCGGACCCGCUGGACCUCCUGGAAAUCCAGGGAAGCAGGGCUUUCGUGGGCCAGAAGGAAAACUUGGCCCUCCAGGAAACCGAGGCCGGCACGGCAAGAAGGGAGAAAAAGGUCCUCCAGGUCUUGCUGGUGAGGUUGGUGAACGAGGUGACAUUGGUCAGACAGGGAAGGUGGGACAAAAAGGUGCCAGAGGAACCCGGGGCCCACCGGGCCAUCCUGGAGUCAUGGGACUGGAAGGGCAACCAGGAUUGCUGGGAUACACAGGCCACCCGGGCAAUCCUGGACCUGUUGGACCACCAGGGCCAAAAGGUGAAAAGGGUUAUCCAGGCGAAGACAAUAAGACCCCAGGACCUCCUGGGCCCUUAGGUGAACCAGGACCCUCAGGAGAAUGGGGAGAACGUGGAGAGCCAGGGGAUGAAGGAUAUCAGGGCCAUAUGGGCAUCCCUGGACCUCAUGGAGCUGUCGGGCCACCAGGCUUACCGGGAUCACCAGGACAUCCUGGAGAGCCAGGCCUAAAGGGAGACAUGGGUGCCCCAGGUUCAGCAGGAAAAAAAGGAGCAAGGGGGCUGAGUGGAGCACCUGGACGUGAAGGCCCACCUGGUUUCCCUGGUUUAACAGGAAUGAAGGGUUACCCUGGUCCAGAUGGUCCACCAGGUCUACAGGGCUUACAAGGACUACCUGGGAAACAAGGACGACAGGGUCACAGAGGUUUGACAGGACAGGAUGGACUCACUGGACGCCCUGGUCCCAGAGGAGAUGUUGGACUUCCUGGACCAACUGGGGAAAGAGGACCACCUGGUCAGAAGGGAGAACCAGGCCUGCCAGGGGACAGGGGAACUUCAGGAAUCAAAGGCAUGGAGGGAGCAAAUGGUGACCAGGGCAGGAAAGGUGACCCUGGACACGACGGAGAAAAAGGGGAAACUGGACAUGCAGGGAUGAUUGGCUCGCAGGGUACUCCAGGACCAAAGGGACCAAAUGGUGAUUUGGGAUUGAAAGGUUUCACUGGCCCGAAGGGUCCUGCUGGUAAUCUGGGAUUCACUGGACCUGUUGGGCCUGAAGGAAUGAUGGGCCCAGUGGGAAAACCAGGAUUAAGAGGUCCAAGAGGAAGCAGUGGUGAAAUGGGACCUCAAGGACCACAGGGCAGUCCAGGUCCCAGAGGACCCCCUGGUGCUCCAGGUCCAACAUGGCACAUAUAUGAGGACUCAGCAGUCCGCAGUCUCUCUGACUCUCCUGCUGCCCUGAGGACGGAGAGUUUUCAGGACACUGAGAUGAGCCAGAACGUGCAGAUACUUAACACUUUACGUUACCUGAGCAGUGUGAUCGAGAGCAUCAAGAAGCUAGGCACCAAGGUGAACCCCGCUCGUGUGUGUAAAGACUUGAUGGACUGUCAACACGAGCUUCAAGAUGGUUGGUUCUGGAUUGAUCCAAACCUAGGCUGUACUUCAGAUGCCUUCAAGGUCUUCUGCAAUUUCACUGCCGGGGGGCAGACCUGUUUACAUUCACUGGCCUCUAAUAAGAUGGCCUUUGGUGUAGGAAAAGUCCAAAUGAAGUUUCUGCAUUUACUCAGCACUGAAGCCAGCCACAGCGUCACAAUCCACUGCCUAAAUGACCCACUGUACGGCACUGUGGAUGGCUUUAGCGCUAUCGGACCGAUCUCUAAGGAGCACACCAGGCUACGCUUUCAUGGAUGGAACGGGCAGAUAUUCGAAGAACACACACUACUUGAACCACGGGUGCUACAAGACGACUGCAAGAUACAAGACAGCAGCUGGCAUCAGUCACGUUUCCUCUUCCAUACUCAGGACAGUCAUCAGCUGCCUAUUGUUGACAUCCAGGAAUUCCCCACAUCACAGUCCAGAAAUCAGCGGAACCUCGAAGUUGGUCCAGUCUGCUUCCUGUGACAAAACUAUUUACAUGUUAACUCCAAACAGCUAUAACCUACCAAAGGCAAGAAUGAACAUCAAGCCCGUGGAAGGCUGGGUAUUGUUUUGCAGACUCUUAACAAGGCAUUGUGUCCAGUUGAAGACAGACCAACACAGAGGAGCCCAAACUCUACGGAACAUCCAGGCCAAAAAGGCCAAAGUAAAACUGUUUCUAUCAACAUUUAUCAAAUAACUGUGCAAAAUAGUUCUGUUUAUCUGUCAAAAGGUGCGUGGGUUUGGCUGCACCGUGGACCCAUUUUAAUAAAAUAUGCAGCGGCCAACCUUUUCCAAACUGUUGUAUUAAGCCCCACCCACAAACACACCCUGGUCAUCCUAAGCAAAGGCCGAACCCGAAGGAGAGUACGGUACCAGGCUUCCAAACAGGAGCACUGUUUAACUGUUUAUAUGAGUGCAAUAGCAUGUGGACAAUGAGUGACUGAUUUUAAUAUUGCAUUUCCAAUCAAAGGCUAAAUGUUUUUGUCUUUGGUCCCGCCCAGUUGGACCUGUUCAUCUUGACAGAUGGUGCUACCUCUACCUGCUCAUUUGCUUUCUGGAAUAGAUGCUAAUGUCAAGUUAGAUUUUUUUUUUUUUUUCUUUGCCUUUGAGUUGUAUGUACCGGUUACAUCAAGAUUUAUGUUGUAAAAGUACUUAUGUCCACUUGGUCAUUUCUAAUUUAUGAACCAUUUUGAUACUCUUCAUAUUUUUUGUAGCUUUUCCUUUUACUGGGUAGGUUUUCCCACGUGAAACCUAUCAUUGGUGCUGCAACACAGAACGAGUCAUCAUCGGUGAAUUUUUACAUUUCCUGUGUAUAUAUUGACAACAUAGUGUGUGUUUAUUUAUAUCCAUUUUGGGUUUUUGUUCCAGCACAUUACUGUACCACAGUAAGUUAUACUCAGAGAACUGCUUUUUGUUUAAAACUCAGUCUAAAGAUGUAUUUGUUAUAAGGUGCACAUCAUACAUUUAUUUCAGCUCAUCAGUGGUGGUUUAGUGGAACUGGCAGCUACGUGAGGCCAGAGUCAGAAUCCUUUCAAAUUCAUCAUCCUCAUAUUCUUAACUUAUGUUACCUUGAACAAAGUGUAAUUAUAUAAAAUCUGUAAAACAUUGGAUGCAAAUGUGUAAAUAAUAAAUAUGUUGACUAAUGAAUAAACGGAAUGUUUUAUCCACAAA